GACGCGCGGGGCUGCGGACCGAGCGGGGCGGCCCCGGGCUGCGGGGAGGCCCCCGUCCGGGGUCCGCGGCCUGGGGGUGAACGAAGUCUGCGUUGGUGUCCGGGAGCCGGGGGGCUGAGCGGGGCCGCCACCCAGGAAGCUCGCCCCGCGCGGCCCCUCUCCUGUGUCAGCGCGAUGUCUGCCUGUAGGGGACUUGACCUCUGCGUCGGAGGCCGUAGGUUAGAACGCAUUGGCUGUGCAGAUCGGUGCCGGGAUUUAAAAAGCCCUCCCGGGCUUGAAUGCCAGGCGGCUGUUUGUGUUUAAGGACCUUUGCGAAGAGCCUGUGGCCGGGACGUGGGUGCGGUUCCCCCACGCUGAAACCCCUGGCGCAGGAGAUCUCGGCCCGCUUGCUGUGUGAUGGGCUUCCCUCCAGCAUCCCGAAUCUGGACCUGCCCCGGCCCGGGCUGAAAAGUGGUUCCACUCAGUGUUCGGCGGGACUUGUUACACUGACCAGAGGAAGGAUGAAAACCAAGCAGCAGAGCGAGAACGUGUGACUUGAGUUUGAAAAGGGAGUGCAGUUCGACUUUUCUCACUUUCAGUUUUGCGUGUGGUUACCCACCUUUUCCUCAGUACCCCAGUCAGUGCCUGACACGUUGUAGGCUCCAAGUCCUUGCAGUGAAGGAGCCCUGGUGGUUGUCCCAGGACCAUCAUGGCCCGUUGGACUGGGAAGAUGGCUUACUCCUGCCUGGCUUGUCAAGGCAUUUGAUGCUUCCGGUGAUUUGGAGGAUCAUCAGAAAAGCCCUUUCUGAGGAAAAACGCGUCUCAACAAAAACAUCAGCUGCUGACCUCGUGACAGAAACAGAUCACCUCGUGGAGGGUUUAAUUAUUUCCGAGCUGCAGAAGAGGUUUCCUUCACACAGGUUCAUUGCAGAAGAAUCUGCAGCCGCUGGAGCCAAGUGCGUGCUCACCCCCAGCCCCACCUGGAUCGUCGACCCCAUUGAUGGCACCUGCAACUUUGUGCACAGAUUUCCCACUGUGGCAGUAAGCAUUGGAUUUGCUGUAGACCAAGAGCUUGAAUUUGGAGUGAUUUACCACUGCACGGAGGAGCGGCUGUACACAGGCCGGAGGGGCCGGGGCGCCUUCUGCAAUGGCCAGAGACUCCGGGUCUCUGGGGAGACAGAUAUCUCCAAGGCCUUGGUUCUAACGGAAAUUGGCCCCAAACGUGACCCAGCCACUCUGAAAUUGUUCCUCAGCAACAUGGAGAGGUUACUGCAUGCCAAAGCUCAUGGGGUCCGAGUGAUCGGGAGCUCCACCUUGGCGCUCUGCCACCUGGCCUCGGGGGCCGCAGAUGCCUAUUACCAGUUUGGCCUGCACUGCUGGGACCUGGCUGCUGCCACAGUCAUCAUUAGAGAAGCAGGCGGCAUUGUGAUGGAUACCUCGGGCGGACCUCUCGACCUCAUGUCUUGCAGAGUGGUUGCUGCGGGCACCCGAGAAAUGGCGACACUCAUAGCUCAGGCCUUGCAAACAAUUAACUAUGGGCGGGAUGAUGAGAAGUGAAAGGGAGCAAAGGGGCCGGGAACUGCGACCCAAGGCCUGGGCCUUCCUGGGACUGUGGGGGCUGGUGGCAAGCCCCAGGGACGAAGCUGCCUCUAGCAGCCUGCACACGUCAUGCGUCUCUGACCACCGCCAGAGGGAGGUGUUAUGUUCAAGCAUGUGGCUUUCUGGGUAAAUCCACGUCUUUCACCGGGACUCGGUGUUUAGCUGGUGUCUCUUCUUGAUCUCACAUAGCCUUUGUCAGGUUAGUACCAGUUCUUCUGUCAGGGCCAAGACCCAAAUCUUGUAUGGUGUACGUAUCGAAAAUUCAGUCUCAACUUUUUUUCCUCCAGAAUGCAAAUCUCAGGUAAUAAGGCUUUAGAACUGCUGAUAAAGCGGACUUGUUCUCAGGCCCUCCCCCACGGUACUUCAGAAUGCAAUAAAUCAAAAUAAUGGCACUCUG